AUUUUCCAAAGUAUAACACAUUUUAUAGUGAGGCGAGGGAGGAGAGAGUGUGGAAAUGGCGACGAGGAGCAAUGCAGAGGGUGAUGGUGGGAAGAGUAACAACAUCGUAUGGAACGAAGCUUUGCAGCGGUUCGAGACAGAGGACAAGGAGGCGUUUUUGGAGUACGUGUUGAGAGAGAAGGGGAAGGUCAUGGAUUUGGUCCACACCUUUGUGCCCCCUUCCAAGAGAGGUCUUGGCUUGGCCUCCCACCUUUGCGUCGCUGCCUUUCACCAUGCCCAAUCUCACUCCUUAAUCGUCAUCCCCACCUGUUCCUAUGUCUCUGACACAUUUCUUCCCCGGAACCCAUCUUGGAAUUCUGUCGUGUACUCAAAAGGAGGCAAAUCUAGUAUCUGAAACUUCCAAGCUCCUAGGCCAGGUUCUUCUGAGGAACCGUUUGUAUGAUCAUUAUUAUCUGCUAAACUUCUUAAUUGGCUCUGUCGUUAAUAAUAGCAACACUGUUUUAUGCUUGUAAUAAAUAACCUCCCUUUUAUAAAAAAAAACUUGUGAUUA